GCGCGGGGGCGGCUGCGUGCGCGGCCGGCGGCGUGUUGCAGCCGGGCGGCGUGUGCGGGCCGGAGCGGCGGGCACGCAGCGCCUGUCCUCGCACCUGCAACCCCUUCCGACCCCCUUCCCCCCCCUUUUUUUUUCUUUUGGGUUUUGUCCCCCCCUCCCCCACCCUUCGGUGAUUUUUUCCUUUUUUUUUUUUUUUUUCCCUUCCUUUUUCCUUCCCCCCCUUCCCUCCCCCCCGUCCCUAUUCCUGCGCUUUGCUCCGGGAAAACGCUGGAUUUUAAACCUCUCCCCGCCCGGCAGUGAGUGGGGAAGGAGAAGGAAAACAUGGCCCAGGCCAAAAUGCACCACCCCGUCUCUUGGGUGAUCUUCGCCGGGAUGGCCGCGCUCCUCCUCUCCCAAGGAGUGCCCGUGCGCAGCGGAGAUGCCACCUUCCCCAAAGCCAUGGACAACGUGACAGUGCGGCAAGGGGAGAGCGCCACGCUCAGGUGCACCGUGGACAACCGGGUGACCCGAGUGGCCUGGCUGAACCGCAGCAGCAUCCUCUAUGCCGGCAAUGACAAGUGGUGCUUGGACCCUCGGGUGGUGCUCCUGGCCAACACCAAAACCCAGUACAGCAUCCAGAUCCACGAUGUGGAUGUGUACGAUGAGGGCCCCUACACCUGCUCCGUGCAGACAGACAAUCACCCUAAGACAUCGCGUGUCCAUCUCAUUGUGCAAGUGUCUCCAAAAAUCAUCGAUAUAUCUUCUGACAUCUCCAUCAACGAGGGUGGCAACGUCAGCCUCACCUGCAUAGCCACGGGCAGGCCAGACCCAACAAUUACCUGGAGACACAUCUCACCGAAAGCCGUGGGCUUCAUCAGCGAGGAUGAGUACCUGGAGAUCACGGGGAUCACGCGGGAGCAGUCGGGGGAGUACGAGUGCAGCGCCUCCAACGAUGUCUCAGCGCCCGUCGUCCAGCGAGUCAAAGUCACCGUCAACUACCCGCCGUACAUCUCGGAUGCGAAGAGCACCGGGGUGCCGGUGGGGCAGAAGGGCAUCCUGCUGUGCGAGGCCUCCGCUGUGCCCUCAGCUGAAUUCCAGUGGUACAAAGAUGACAAGAGACUGGCUGAAGGACAGAAAGGGCUGAAAGUGGAGAACAAAGCCUUCUUCUCCAGACUGACUUUCUUCAACGUCUCCGAGCAGGACUAUGGCAACUACACCUGUGUAGCCUCCAACCAGCUAGGGAACACCAACGCCAGCAUGAUACUCUAUGAAGAGACAACUACCGCUCUGACACCCUGGAAAGGCCCUGGAGCAGUGCAUGACGGGAACAGCGGCGCGUGGCGGCGAAGCGGCUCCGCGUGGCUGCUGCUCCUCCCGCUUGCCCACCUCGCCCGCCAGUUUUGACACCAGAGCCGGCCCGCGGAGUAGCGGCGGCGACAACCACGGCCAGCGAGUGCAAGCAGAAAGGAGAGGAAGAAAAGAAGAAGAAGAAGAAGAAGAAGAAGAAGAAGUGUUCACCGUUUCCGAAAAUAAUCAUAAGAAUUGAGAGAGUAUCCAGCCAGGCCACCUGGGGGAGGGGGAAAGAGGAAAAACACGCAAAAAAAAAAAAAAAAAUAAAUAAAACACAACACAACAGGAAUUUGGAAUGGAGAGAAAAGGGAAAAAAUUAAUAAUCCAAGGCUUCCUGCUGAAGAUGCAAUGCGAUUGAGUCUUUUUCUUUUCAACCUGGUUUUUUUUGUUUUUUUUUUUUUUUUUUUUUUUGUCCCCUGCCACUUUUUCCCCCUGUUUUCACCGUUCUCUGCCAUGGGCCAGUGUGGAGGAUGGAUGAGGCCAUCAGUGUGGCACUUGUCCCCUGCCCUGUCCUCUUCACCACCCCCGCCCGCCUGCUCCCUCCUGUGGGACCCUCCAUCAAGACACACCGGUUUUCUCCUUUGCCAAGAUAUCCCCAUCUUCUCAUGGACUGUGCCGCCAUUUGUGUUUCAGAAUAUAUACAUGUAUAUAUACAUAUAUAUAUAUAUAUAUAUAUCCAUGUAUACAUAUAUAUAUGUAUGUAUAGAUAUGUAGAUCUUCAACAGCUACCACACCACCACAAAAGGAAAGGGAGGAAGGAGACUGGCAUCGAGCCACACUUUCAUCAUACCAUCCGCGGACAUCGUGAAUGAUAAGGGAUUCUGAGUCAUGGUUAAUUUUAUCAAUUGUAUUUUCUGAUACGAGCCUAGAACUCUUAGUUCCUAAAAAACAGAAAUGCAAAAAAAAAAAACAA